ACAGGAAACAACUAUGGUACAACAUCUGCAGCGGGCACAACAUCUACACCAGGUACAUCUACAUCAGGUACAACACCUGGAACAGCAUCAACCGGAGUAACAACAACAUCAACAAGUUCAUCAACAGCAUCGGUUACAACGUCUCAAACAACCACAGAAUUGUCCACAGGAAACAACUAUGGUACCACAAAAUCAUCGACUGUAACCUCGCAGCCAUCGACUAGUACAACAUCUGCAGCGGGCACAACAUCUACACCAGGUACAUCUACAUCAGGUACAACACCUGGAACAACAUCAACUGGAGUAACAACAGCAUCAACAAGUUCAUCAACAGCAUCUGUUACAACGUCUCAAACAACCACAGAAUUGUCCACAGGAAACAACUAUGGUACAACAAAAUCAUCGACUGUAACUUCAACCUCGCAGCCAUCGA